AUGAAGUCAAAUUAUAACUUUUCAGACAGUUUACAUUCGAACAGCAAAAUAUUGCAACUGGUAUAUUCAUCUUAUUUAUUGGAUAAUACUUUUCAUGACUGGAAAUCAUCACUUGGAUCAGAUGAAAAGAGUAAUCCUAACGUCAUUGUUGAAAACUCUCCUUCAGUGACGAAAUUUGGAAAGAGACGAUGGUGUGUGAAAAUGAUGAACGCACAAAUGAAUUACACUUGGAGCUCUCUGGAAUUUCAAGACAAGCCAAAUCUUGCUCCCAUUGUAGUUUAUUUAAUCUCAUUGGCAGAUAUUGAUCGAUACAGGAAGAAUACUCCAAUUUUUGACAGUCACGUGAAAUAUUUUACAUCUUUGCUUUCAGCUCCAGGCACACAAAAAGUAUUACUUUUUACCAAGGUUGACAUUUUUGCAAACAAGAUCAUGUCUGGUAAAGUCAAAGUUUCUGAAAUAUUUCCAAAUUUUGUGGGGAAUGAUCGUGACCCAUUGAGAGUGUUUGAAUAUAUAUUCAACAAAUUUUGGAUUCCAUGUCGAAAGUAUCACGAAAAUGUACCAUACUAUGUGGUCAAUUUGGUAGAUUUGGAAGAAUGUUCACAAUUUCUUUCAAUUUUAUUGGAAAAGGGAUCACCUUACAUGGGUAGAUCAUUCAUUAGUCGACAUUUGCUGAGAAUGAUGGAAAUUUACUUGAAGAAUAAUUUGAAGAAUUCAUAUGUGCAGGGAAGUACGUGUUCACAUGGAGCAAAUCGAAAGGGACAAUUUUCUGAUAUUGAAAUUGUGAUCAGUGAAUCCGAAAACUAUUAA